CCCUGCGUGGCUAAGAUGGCGGCACUCAUGCAGCAGGCGAGCGGCCUGCCCCGGCUGGCGGCGACCCUCGGCCUGUGCUCCCGCGGUUACCGGGCGCCGCCACCGCCACGCCGCUCGCCGGGGCCCUGGUGGCCGGACCCGGAGAACCCACUGACCCCGCGCUGGCAGCUGGGACCGCGCUACGCGGCCAAGCAGUUCGCACGGCACGGCGCUGCUUCCGGAGUGGCCCCGGGUUCAUUGUGGCCGUCGCGGGAGCAGCUGCGCGAGCUGGAGGCCGAGGAGCGCGAGUGGUGCCCCAGCCUAGCUACCAUGCAGGAGUCGCUGCGUGAGCAGCAGCUGGCCGAGGAGCAGAAGCGUCGAGCCAGAGAGCAGCUCAUCGCAGAGUGCAUGGCCAAGAUGCCACAAAUGAUUGAGGACUGGCGGCGGCAGCGGCGGGAGCGCUGGGAGAAGGCACAGGCAGACAAGGAGCGGCGGGCACGGCUACAGGCUGAGGCCCAGGAGCGUCUAGGCUACAACGUGGACCCAAGGAGCACCCGCUUCCAGGAGCUGCUGCAGGACAUGGAGAAGGAGCAGCGCAAGCGCCUCAAGGAGGAAAAACAAAGGCAGAGGAAGGAGGCCCGUGCUGCUGCAAUGGCAACCGCUGCCACCCAGGACUCAGCUACCUCUAAGGAAUCCAGCUCCUAAGGAGGCUGUCCUUUCUCAAUAAAGCCUGCUGCCUCAGUGGCCCUAGGAGAGUUCUGUGCUACGUCCUCCUUCAGGGUGCCCCUUGUAUGCCCCCUGGUUCCUUCUCCGAUACCUGGGGCCAGGAAUCACCCCACCCAGCUCUGCUCACAUGGAUGGAUGCUGGACAGGAACCCUAGGCCAUGUUGACUCAGGGCUGUAGGGGGGUAAAAAAAAUGCAGUGGGGAAAUAAUGGAGGAGCAGAUGGCAGAGGAGAGGAAGGCUUCUGUUUACUAACAUUAAUCUCCAGUAAUUAGCCAAUUAUCAGGGGGAGGGGCAGUGUAGCCAAAACAGACUGUGGUGAUGAUGGUCAGGGGUGGGGAGAAGCAGCCCUUCCAUGGCUGAGCUGGGACCCGUUGCUGGGGAAUGAGACAGCUCCAAGGGGAGGGGAGUCACUGGGAGCCCCGGUCUGUAGGACUCGCAGGCCCUUCUCCCUUCUCUGUGUCUUCACACUGCCUGUGCCCAACUUGCCCCAGACCCAGACAAGCUGGAGUGGGGAGUCCCAGCAGGCAGACCACAGGGCUAGUCUUGAAAACUUUAUUCAUUUCAAAACCUCUAUCAUAGAGACACGGUUCUGUUCUUUUUUGUUGUUGUUGUGGGGAGGGGGGGGAUGUAGCCUCAGCUUCCACAGUGGCUCUGACGUUUCCCCUUCCCCAGACAGGAUAAACUGUGCCUCCUCCCCAGCAAAGGGCUGGAGAGAGUAGGCCAAGGCCAGACUGGGGGAGGGAAGGGGGACUUGGGCACCUGAGCGCCACCCCAGAUGGAAAAAUUUGGGCCACUCCAAUGGAGGAUCAAAGUUUGGACUCCAGCUUCCCCUUAGCCUGGAAGAGGGGUGGGGGGAGGUCUCAGGGGCUCUCGGGGGAAGGGGAGGCAAGCAGCCGCCUCUCCAUCUGGCUGCAGGGAGCUGGGACAGAGGCCAAGAGGGGCCCAUCUGCUGCCUCCCAGUCCUGCCAGCUCUAUUGAGCAGGCUGGGCUGGGCUGGGGUGGGGGGCUGGUGGACAGCUGUCUAGCCUGGGUCUUCUCAGGCCGAUUUGGGAGUAGGGACACUUGAGGAGAGCAGGAAAUGGAAUUUUUUUUUUUUUUUUUUUAAAGGUUUUCAACUUUUUUUCCACUUCUUAAAUAAACAUGAAUAUAUAUAUAUUUCUUUUAUAAAACUUCUGGGGAAUGGGGGUAAGGUGGGAUGGUGGGCAGCCUGGUGUCCCCACAUCACUCAUCGUCAAAGUUCUGACUCAGGAGGAAGUUGGCAGCCAAGUUCUCGUUUUUUUCACAGGCGAAGUAGGCCUGGAUUACCAGGCUCUCUGGAAAGCCAAGGGCCUUCAACUGCAGAAAAAAAGCAGAUGUGAGGAGGGGUGGAACAGGCCCCGCCAACCAACAGGGUUCCCCUCAGCCAGGCCUCUUACCCUCUCUAUGGCUUCUUUCUCCUGGGGCGUCACCUGGAUGUAGUUCAUCUGUGGGGCCUCCUCGCCUAUGGCACCCACCUCACCCUCCACGUCUGAGAUGUCCGCCAGCUCCCCAGGGGGCUCGUUCAACAUCUGGAUAAACUGCUCCUGGUGCCGGCUAAUUUGCUGUGGGGAAGGGAGGGAAAGGAUGGUGACCCACGGUCCAGGUCCCCAUCACAGAACUUGUUUUCUCAUUUGCACAGCAAAUAUUUAGAAAAGGCCUAUAGUCAAACACUGACAACACAGCAGGGAACAUGGAUUCUGUCCUAGUGGAGGUGAUGGUCCAGGACCACAAGUAAAUGGGCCAAUCACAGACCCACUGAGAGAUGGAGGGGGUGCUGGGAGGGAAGGGAGGAAGGUGCUUCCUCCAGGCAGAGGAAACAAGUGCAAAGGACUGGAAUUGGGAAUACAUUUGGCAAAUCCCAGAAACAGAAGAGCCACAUAGCAGGAAAACAAACGGGAAAGAGGAAGAGACAGAAACCAGGCCCAACUUAUUCUCUGAGAUGGGAAGCAAGGUCUCUGAUGAUUAAAUGGGGAACAACCUUUCAAAAAAAUUAACUCAUCGGGGUGUUGGCUCCUGGGGUUCUGACUCGAUUCUGUUUUUGUGUACAUUUGACAAUUUUCACAUUAUGGGAAAAAGUGGUCUUUAAAUUAUCUGGCUUCUGAAUGGAGAGUGGACCGUGGGGAACUAUGCAGAACCAGGGGCCUGGAGAGACGCUGCCUGGGGUCCAGGUGAAGAGAGGUGGGGCAGCCACGGAGGUGCAGCACAGGGUGGGCUGAGCAACACAUUCUAGAAGGACAGCAGAGGGACAGGUGAUAGACUGCAGGAGGCCCUUGGGACCUGGGGCAGGAGCAACCUCAGCACUGGAGGAGGAAGGACAGCAUAGGGGAGGAGGUGGGUAUCCCACAUCAGUUCUGCUCAAAUCUAAAAUGCCUAGAAAGCACUUUCAUGGAGGCAUCAAGUCAGCCACAACGAAUGUGGCAUUCCACAGAUGUCUGGGCUGAUUAUAUCAUUUGGGGGUCAACACACAGACUGAAGGCCCCAGAACACUAUGAGUGGAAGAUUGAGUGCAAGUUAAGGAUAGAGCUGUGCAGCAUCUAGAGGGGCGAGAGCAGGUGGAGCCAGCAUGAGACUGACAAGUGGGAAGAAAAGCAGCCACCUGCAGGGUCCUGAGCCAGAGCCCCCAGCGGAACCUGUCCCACUCCUCUGGGCUUCUUCAGGACCCUGCUCACCCAGGGUGUCACCUGCCCCUCUGCCUGGAGUCUUGCUAAGCACAUUGGCCCCAGAGCCAGCUAGGGCACAGCUGUCUUGGGUGCCACCACCCAAUCCGACAGACAUUUAUGAAGCACCAGCUAUAUACAGAGCCAAGCAAGAGCCAAAACAGUCAUACAGGAGAGCAUAGAACCCAGAGACUAGAGGCACACACUCCACCAGCUUUGCGACUCUGGGUGACUGACAGCCUAGUCCAAGCUUCUAACAUAUUCCUGGAGCAGGGAGCACGACGAUGACACAAAUCGUUGAAAUAAUUAUGUGACGUUGUGUAGAUCUACAGGUCACAGGAAGUAGAGAAGAAUCCUGCUGUCCAGGUGCAGAGCAACUCCUACGUACCACACUGGGCCAGGCUUGCUCCUUAGGGCCGUGGUGCCCGGAGGGGAGGGAAGAUGGUACCUACCCUAGCUCCCUCAACUCCCAGGGUCGCACCUGCAAAAGCUGAGGGUUCUCCUGGCCCAACUGCUGGAGCAGGGCGGGCAGCAGCGCUGGGUUUUGCUGUAUCACCUGCCGCAUGUUCUGAAACUGGGGCUGGUCCCGCAGGAACUCCAGGGGAUUGUCUCCUACUGGCAGCAGGAGGGGGUACAGUCAGACACCAUGCACGACUCCCAGGAGCAUGGGGGUUCAUAUGCCCUAAGAGCAAACACCCCAUGUGCACACCUCCCGGCCUGCUCACCUGCUUCUGUAGCCGGCUGCUCGGACACCUGGCUCUCUUGGACGGAGCUGUGCUCUGGCUCAGGGCUCCCAGGAAUUCCCUGUCAGGGGUCCUUUUUAGUGCUAACGCCUCUGGGUUUCGUGCCCAGCCCUGGUGGGAGACCCUCUUUCCCAGGUCCACCCCACCACUCAAGUCCUGCCUCCUGCAGGAAGCCUUAUCUGGUCGGAACCACCACCCAGUCUUCUGGGGACAGCUUUUAGCUCCCUGAAUGCCCAUCAGUGCAGCAAGGCUCUGGGAUGCCCUCCAAAGCCUCCCUGGGGAGGCAGCAGCCCCACCUCACCGUGAGCAGAUACUCCACAGCACGGUGGGGGUUGUUGUAGCUGGCUCUCAGGGCAGCCACAACCCGCUCCCGCUCAUAACCCAUGGACAUGAUCUCUGUCAGCAUCGUUUCAUACUCAGAGCCAGUCACUGUAUAGGAAGAAGGCCUGGGUCACCAGGGAGAGGAAAGGGCAGCACCCAGGCCCUCCCACACCCAGGGACCACCCACCCACCUAGCGUGGAGGCCGCAUCUUCCUCUCGCCCGCUGCUACCUGAAGAGGGAACAGAGCUGCAAAUUCAAGAGAGAGAAAUCGGACCCUGGCUUUUGCCAGCUUGCCCUCCUUCCAGGUGCAUGGGACCACGUAUGUGGGUACUGGAAUGUACUGGGAGAACAGAACCCAAGCUGGAACUGCCCCUCUGCCUUACCCUGACACAGACUCCGGGGACAUCGUGGGGACUGAUUCCUCUGAUGGGCUCUUGUCCUCUUUGGCCGUAGGUGGGGGAUGAGACAUGCCUGAGGCAGGGGCUGGCGGGAAGGAUGUGGAGGACUCAGGGGCAGCAGUGGGUGAAGUCUCCGGGGGUGCCGAGGUGCCUGGGCCAGCUUUGGCCUGUGGUAGCCAGGAAAAGGGAACGGUGUUAGCACCCCUAUCAAGCUCCAAUAUCCCGCCUUAUUGCAGCCCCACCCUGCUCAUGGCUAAUCUGUCCUGGGCACAUGUGCUCUUAGCCAGCUCCACAGCAAAUCCACACACCCUCCCAGCAAGCACGCUUCACCAACCUUGGUCACCAUGACAACCACAAAGUUCUUCUCAUCUAUGCGAUAGUCCCUGAUGGGGACAUCGUCACUCAGGAUCUUGCCGGCAUAAAUAAGCUUCUGUCCAGCCACGGGGAAAGCAUCCCGACCCUUCUCAGCUUCUAUCUUCUCCUUUAGGACCUUCACCUGAACGAAAGAAUACAGAGCCAUUGCAAACCCCCCAAGAGUCCCUCUUCUUGUCCAGUCUGGGGGGAGUGGCUACAAGCCCUGAAAGGCAGAAAGGCUAAACCUCAUAGCCACGCGUACCAGAUGUGAAUCUGUUGAACCAUCCCACCGUUCAACAGAUCGUUUACUGAGUGCCUUCUAUGUGCCAGGUGCUGUUUCUGGCACUGAAGUCACAGAAAAUAAAACUCAACACAUGGCCCUGCUCUCAUGGAAACGACACUGGUGUGCGGAGAACAAAAGGAACAUUUUUUUAAAUAACAUAAAGUGUGCUGAAAAAUAAUAAAAAGAAGCGUCCCCCAUUCUAUGCUGACAACCUUGGGCAAUAAGACUACACAAUAUUUACUUAAAACAUCUUAUGUCACUAAUACUAUCCUACAUGUAUAGGUUAUCACACACAUGUAAGUUCUCAUCUUAUAUUUGCCAAAACAGACAGGAAAGUUAAGCAACUUGCCCAAAAUCAAACAAAUAAGCUGGUCAAAAAACAUAAGUCUAUUUUCUUUUCUACAAAAAGUGGGUUUUAAUGUCUCUCUUAGGGGGUAGCUGUGCAAAAAGUGGCAAGUACACCGGUUAACACACUUAUUACGUUUAAGUCCUAAGCUCCUUCCAGCCAAAAACAGCGUAGUGUUCAGACCGUAAGCUCUCACACUAGGCAGAAUGGAAUUAGAAUUCUAGCUCUGCCACUUAUUAGCUAUAUAUGACUGUAGUAAAACGAAGAAUAUCAGUUUCCAAACAACAAGCUGUUUUACACAUUUAGUAAGACAAUAGCACCAAAAAGCUCAAUCAACGAGUAAAGAAUAAAUGGACCACUAAAACCAAUACGAUUCGACCGUUUAUUAUCAUCUUCAUCGCUGUCAUCACUCCGCAUCUCCCGAUCACCAAUCCUGGAUUCAGCUGCCAACGUUCCGAGAAGCUGCCUGCAAAGCCGGGAACGCGGGAGCCCCCGCCCUGGAGAGCGCGACCCGGCCGGGAAUCCGAGCCUACGGCUUCCUGCGCCCCGCGAGAAAGCACUGACAUUGGAGCCGGGGCCUGGCGGGCGCCCCGGGGGUGGGGCCUCGCCCCAAGACUCGCCAGGGAGCGGCCGAGCCGCUGGGGGCUGGGUCGGGGACCAUGGAGGAGAUCCGAGGAGGUCCGGCAGGUGGGGAGACGACAGGACCUGACCCGCACCCACCUCUGCGCCCCUCUCACCGGGAUCCCGGCCUCCCCGCCCCCACCCUACCCCCGGCACCCGUCGUAGCUCCUGCCCGCGGGGCUCAGCCCGGCCCGCACCGUCUCAUCAGGUUCCAUGCGGAUCUUGAAGGUCUGCUGCUGCAGCGUUUUGAGCGUGAUGGUGACGGCCAUGGCAGGGCCGAGCGACGGAUCCUGGCCCUGGGAUCCUCACACAACAUGCAACUCACGCCGCCGCCAUCUUAGCGCCCAGCAGCGCCGCGCGCAGACCGCUUCCGGGGCAGAUGGUGCGUGCGCCGGCCACCGUGCACGUGACCGGCGCGUGGCUCUUAGGUUCGUGGGCUGGGACCUGCGCGUCCUCUGACCAGGCAUGCGCAGAUUAACACCACUCCUGGGGAGGGGGGAGACUCCUUGCACAGCGCGCCCACCCGUCACGUGGCUUCCUGGGAGUGACGCCAUGCCGGUUAGCGGUGACGUCAUGUGGCCACAAAAUGGCUCCGGUUUCCCCUGCUUCCACGCGGAAGUGACUUAAAAAAUUAUUUUUGGUGACGUUGAAUAAAAGUUAUGUACUUACAUUUCUUCUGUUAAAUGUUCAUGUUUUUGCCCAUUCAAAUGAGCUUUGUAUUAUUCCAGCUGUGGAGCCUUGAAUGUGGAAACUACUCAAGAUGGGAAAGGAUACCUGGAAAGUCACCAACAAUUUAGAAAAACUCAUUUGGGCGUGGAAACAGAAGGAGCACUGGUACGAUUUUGUGGUUUCACUUAUUCGCUCCUGAAGAGGAUGAUUUUUGGGGCCUCCCACCGCUGCUGCUAUUUGUCCAGCCACUUUGGUCACAGAAUCCUGGGUCUGACUCCAAAAACACUUAAUGAAGACGUUAACUUAAAAGGCUUCCUUCCAAUAAAUAGCCAUAGCGCACACAAAGGAAUGGAAGCAUGAAGGAGCAAGUGGAGGGAACAAGGGGAGUUAGGUUUGCCAUCACAAAGCCCGUGCUUUGAGACUGGAUGGCUUGGAGGAGCAGGCUUGAUUCCCAGUUAGGGUAUCGAAAGUGGAAGCCUGGAGGCCAGAGGCGGCUGUGGCAACAAACCUGACCUUUCCCCAACUGACCAUCAUUAAAUCCAAACCUGCUGCUCUCACAGUUCCCAUCCAACUCACCCAGGCUGGGCACUGGACAGUCCUCACCAACUGCCCAACAACUGUAACCAAGUCAUGCUGCCUCUCUCCACUCCAUGCCCUGAGCCUAUGCAAACCUCCACCAGCACCAGCCAGGAGCAGCUUACAGCUUCUUACCCUCUCCUGAAACAGGGUCCAUCAACUCCCCCAUCCUCCUCACUGGGCUUUCACCAUCUUGCCAUAGGCAGCUUCCUGGAUCUCCACCUCUGCUCUCUCUGCACUACCUCAAGCCCUCUUUCCCCUCAACGGGUUCAGACCCCAUCAUGGCUAUGGCUACAGAAGACCACAGGAACUUGGGGUUGUGCUUGAACCUAUUUCCUCGAUUAUAAAAGUAAAUAGCUUUUAACUCCGGCUGGUAUUAAAAAAAAGUUUAAAAGCACUAACAGCCAUGUAAUCAUUAGGUAAUAGGGACAGAAAAAAGCUCAAUGACGAGAUAAACCAUGAGACAGUGUUCAGGUGUGGAUUGAAAUCCCUGCCCCACCACUAAGUUCUGUGCCUCAGUCUCCUCACAAUCAAAGCAAAUAGGUAACAGAACUAAAAGAGUUAAUACAUGGAAUAUUUUUUAACAGUUAUCCUCCAAUUUGGGCUCACUAGACAAGCAAGGGCCUUUGUAACCUUGUGGGAUGACACUCAGCCAACUCUUCAGCAGCUGAAAAAUGAAAAUUCAGAGAACCUAUUACUUAGGAGCCAACCCCCCCCCCGAAAAAAAGGCCAUCUUUGGUUCCCAGAUGUCCAUCCUCCCCCGAAAAAGGAAACACAGAAGGAAGACACAAAACUUAAUUUAAUAGAAAUUUUGCAUGUAGUUCUUACAUUCUCAGUAUGAGCUGAGCUGGAACCUGCUGCCCCACCCAGAAGUGGCCCAGUCCUGGGAGUAGGGAGAAAGUGGGGGCAGAGCUUGGGCCCUAAGAGCCCCAUUCUUUCUCAGUGCUGGGGGCGCUGGGAUGCCACCCCUUUCUCCUGAUGCCCCCCGGACUCCAGGAAGGAGAGCAGAUGGAAUCUCAGGCCUGGGCUUCUCCACACCCACUCCCUGACCCCCAGGCUGGAAAGGAACUAAGGGAUUCAGGCAGAGAACAGAGGAAGGAAAAGAUGUGAAGAAAGAUGAGACCCAGGGGUGGGGGCUGAGGGAGAAUCAAAGACAAAACACCAGUUAAAAAAAAAAAAAAAAGGAGGGGGGGACAAAACCAAAAUCCACCCCAAA